GCAUAAUCUGGGCUGCCCAUGAGGCUUCCCCGCUGUGAGGGAUAUAAAGUCUCUUUGCGCCGCGCUGAUGUCUAUAGGGAUCUUUUCGCAUAUUGAGUGCGAAAAUCCGAUCACUUCGCCGUUGCCCACAAAAUGAGUCGCCUUGCGCCGACGAUAUCGGCCCCCCUGGGGCUGACACGCUCUGUUCGAAGUUGUUCGACAUUACCCUCAAUAUAUCCUAUCCGACACACUCGACUGUAUUCCCAGACUCAAAGCGACCAAGUGGCCGCGACACGAUCCACGAUCGCACAGCUCCUGCGCCAAAUAGACUCGAAACACACAGCACAGCAAUACCUCUCUUACUUCAGCACACCCACCCUCUCUACUCGCCCUUUCGCCGUCAUCAAAGUCGGUGGUGCUGUCCUAGCCGAUCAUCUUCCAUCGCUCGUGUCUGCGAUCGCCUUUUUAAGCCACAUUGGUCUCUACCCUAUUCUCGUCCAUGGCGCAGGGCCUCAGCUCAAUACAUUGCUCUCCAACACGGGGGCCAAGCCGAAAUUUCACGAUGGAAUCCGCGUCACGGAUGGGCGCACACUGGCGCUGGUCCGCAUCGCUUUACUUGAGGAGAACUUCAAGCUGACCCAGGAGCUUGAAAAUAUCGGUGUGUCCGCGCGCCCGCUGACCUCGGGCGUCUUCCAAACCGAGUAUCUCGACCAAAACAAAUACGGCCACGUGGGAAGAGUCGACAAGAUCGAGACCACGCCCAUUCACGCUGCUCUGCGCGCAUCAUGUGUGCCGGUGUUGACGUGCAUGGGGGAGACUUCCGAUGGACAGGUUCUCAAUGUGCAUGCAGAUCUUGCGGCGAGUGCGCUGGCUCGUGUGCUCCGCCCGGAGAAGGUAGUGUACCUGUCCGAGACGGGUGGGCUAGUCAAUGGGAGGACUGGAAGGAAGAUGGAUGUGAUUAGUCUGGAGUGGUUGAGGGAGCAAGAGUGGGCACGGUUGGGGAUGCGGUGGAGAGUGAGGAUGAGGGCCGUGCGAGAGCUGCUGGAAGGAAAAGAAGGGGAAGAGGCGAGAGUGUCGAUUGUACAUCCGAGGGGGUUGCUGAAGGAGGUAUUCUCGGGUGAAGGCCUGGGUGAAGGUACGGUCAUCAGGAGAGCUAGAACUAAGAGAGAGGUGUCACCCGAUGCGAUAGCCAGGACAAGCGGAAUGAUUAUGGGGCUGAUAGAGGGGCAGGGUGGACUGCAACAACAGCAGGCUGCCAUGAUCUGAUCGGGUAUUCUGCUUGUCUAAUGAUAAUAUAUUUUUGUCCUGGUGGUAGCGAUGGGAUCGUCUUUUCGCAUUGUACCAUCCUCAUAAAAUGCAAGAGAUGCUUAUCCAAGCACACUGAAAGCUGG